AUGUAUUGCAUAAGAAAGCACUUAUUGUUCGAUAAAAGUUAUAUUAUCACUAUAAAACAGGAGAGCAUUGAUAUUGGGGAAGUAAUAAUUUGGUUAAUAUUAAAGUCUACUUAAAAGAUCAAGUAUGUUAUCCCAAUGAAUUUGCAAACUGUGAUUGAUUGGAAAGUAAAUGAAGACAAUCAGAAAUUAAUAGCCUUUGCUAUAUUUUGGAAGGGAUAAAGGAGAUUUUUUUAUGCAGAUUAGAAUGUCUUGUUACGAGUUAAAGAAUAUAUGGAUGGAAAAGUUAUUUAUUGUAAUAUGGAUCUCUUUUUUAAACCAAUUAAAAAAUUAGAAUCCAACUAAUAGAGCUCUGUAUUUUUAUUAUAUUUAUAAAGAAGAUUCAAUUGAUCAAAAGAAUUGAUAAUGAAUAAAUUUUUGCUUGUAAAGAGUUGAAAAAACUGAAAAAAUAUUCUUAAUAGGUAUAAUGUAUUUUUAUUGUAGCUAUUUCAAAAUGAAGUUGAAACCUUGAAAUAACUGACUCAUUAAAAUAUUGUAAAGCUAAUCCAAGUGUAUGAAUCUGAGUUUGAAUAUUAGAUAAUACUUUAAUAUCUAAAAGGUGGUUCACUCAAUCAAUGUCUUAAAUAUUGUAAAUUGAAUAGUUAAGAGGUGACAAUCAUAAUACAUGUAUAAUAUAUAUUGUAAUGAAUAUUAGUAAAUUUUGGAGGCAAUUAAUUACAUGCAUAAAAAUGGAUUUGUGCAUAGAGAUAUAAAACCUGAUAAUAUUUUAUUUAAUGAUUUGGGUUAAUUUUCCCAAUUAAAAAUAAUUGAUUUUGGAAUUACAAAAAAGUUAUAGGAUUUGGAAAAAGAUAAAGAUAUGAAAUUUGGAACACCUGGAUAUAUGGCACCCGAAAUGUUUGAAUAUUCAUAAAAAUUAUCUGAAAAAUUAGAUAUCUUUGCUUGUGGAGCUAUUUUAUAUUAAAUGUAUAUAUUAAAAAUAAUAUUAGGUUGACUGGGUUAAAAUUAAUUAUAGGAGACAAUUAAAAAGAAAUUAUAGCAAAUAAUAAAAAUUUUAUUGUUAAUAAUUAAAUACUUUCAAAAAUAAAGCAAAAUGACUACAAAAUUCUUGUAGCUUAAAUGUUAGAAGAAAAUCCUUAAAAAAGAAUAAGUGCAUGUGAAGCUUUAAAUUAUUUGAAUUAGAUGAAAACUCAGUCUCUUUCAGGAUCUUUAUCCAAUUAGAUACACAAUCUUUAAGAACCUAUUUAAAAAUUACCUAAUUUCAAAAAAUUGAUUAAUAAAUAAUGA